GUCCUGACCCUGCUGCGAGCAUCGUGCAUCAGCUUCAGACUCCCUUUUGUCACCUGCUUGUUACCCCUGUGUCAUGGGACUCUGCUCCAUCCUGCACCUUCAGGUGUAACUUGUGGCUCUCCUCCAGCACAGGAUGUGUUGAUGUAUCUAUCACAAUUGAGGAGUUACAGCUGCUGAGAUCUCUCACCUGAUGCUAACUUGUUUGCAGAGGGUAGCUCUGGCAACACGUGGACCGGUGACAAGUCUGCUGAGGACUGGCAAUUUUUUCUAGCUUGAAGAAAAUUGAAAUUGGCUGAAAAUGAAUACAAUGUUGGAAACCUCUGAGCUGCCAGCAGUGUUUGAUGGGGUGAAGCUAGCUGCAGUUGCUGCUGUUCUGUAUGUUAUUGUUCGAUGCUUGAAUUUAAAAAGCCCGACUGCCCCUCCUGAACUCAUGUACCAGGACUCUGCUUUGGCUCGCUUUCUACUCAAAUCCUGCCCACUUUUGACCAAAGAGUACAUUCCACCCCUCAUCUGGGGAAAGAGUGGACAUAUCCAGACAGCUCUUUAUGGAAAAAUGGGGAGAGUGAGAUCACCACAUCCAUAUGGACUUCGCAAGUACCUCACGAUGCCAGAUGGAGCAACAGCCACCUUUGAUCUCUUUGAGCCAUGCUCUGAGCACUGCACUGGAGAGGAUGUCACGAUGGUGAUCUGCCCAGGGAUUGCUAACCACAGUGAGAAGCAGUAUAUCCGCACCUUUGUUGACUAUGCCCAGAAAAACGGGUACAGAUGUGCUGUCCUGAAUCACUUGGGAGCCCUGCCAAACAUUGAGCUCACUUCACCACGGAUGUUCACUUAUGGAUGUACCUGGGAAUUUGGUGCCAUGGUGAAUUAUAUCAAGAAGACCUACCCUCAGACCCAGCUGGUUGUUGUGGGCUUCAGCCUGGGUGGAAACAUAGUGUGCAAAUACCUGGGAGAGAGCCAGGCCAACCAGGAGCGAGUCCUGUGCUGUGUCAGCUUGUGCCAGGGGUACAGUGCACUGAGGGCACAGGAAACCUUCAUGCAGUGGGAUCAUUGUAGAAGAUUUUAUAACUUCCUCAUGGCAGACAACAUGAAGAAAAUCAUCCUUUCUCACAGGCAAGCUCUUUUUGGAGAUAACAUGAAGAAGCCACAAAGCCUGUCAGAUGCUGAUCUGGGCAAGCUCUAUACAGCAACAUCACUUAUGCAGAUCGACGAUAACGUUAUGAGGAAAUUCCAUGGCUACAGCUCACUGAAGGAGUACUAUGAAGAGGAAAGUUGCCUGCAGUACUUGCACAGGAUCUAUGUUCCUCUUCUGUUGGUUAAUGCUGCUGAUGACCCUCUUGUCCAUGAGAGUCUUCUGUCAAUUCCGAGAGCUCUUGCAGAGAAAAGAGAGAAUGUCAUGCAUGUGCUGCCCCUUCAUGGAGGCCACCUGGGAUUUUUUGAGGGGUCUGUGCUAUUCCCAGAGCCUCUUACCUGGAUGGAUAAGCUCGUGGUACAGUAUGCCAAUGCCAUCUGCCAGUGGGAGAAGACAAAGCCUCACUGCUCAGACAGUGAGCAGGCUGUGUCUGGCCAGGAGUAAUUGACCCAAAGACUCUGGAUCACUUCAGUAUAUCUCCCUGUUUGGGAGCAUCUUGUUCUCUCACCUGCUGCUUCAGGUUUCCAUUCUCCUUGAUAUCUUAUGGCUGGGGUUUGAUCACCAUGUGUUUUUUUCCAAAAUGGAAUUAAAGCAGAGGUUAACAUCUGGUCAGAGCCUCUUUGGAUACCCAGUCACGUGGAUUUGUAAUUUACUGCUCUGCUUGAAGAAUUGGGUUGCUGACUGUAGCUUGUUACAGGGCUACUGAGCUAAAGACUGCUUGCUUUAAUAUAGCAGACGUUCUACAUGUCAAAAUUUCUUUACCUGCUGGUCAAAAACUUGAUCUGCAGCAUUUGUUUAGGUGUAGAUGAUGGAUAACUGUGGCUCUGUUCUCUGUCUGGGUGCUGGAAAAUCCCUGUACCAAGCCACAAGCCAGUGAGUGGUUCAGUCUGUAAGCCACUACAGCAUGGCUUGGGAAAACAGAUGCUUGACUGCAAGUGUAGUGUCAGCUUUGCACCAUCUCAAGGGAAGCCUUUUAGUACCUAGGAAUGAACUUGCACAAGUGAAUCACUUUAAAAAUAUUCAACUUCUCCUUGCUUGAGCUGUCAGUGGAUUGGGGUGGCUUUAUGCUGGGUCUCCAAGUAGAGAAAAGCUGCAGCCUGGUAAUGCCAGUUAAUGUUUCUAUGUAAACAUGUUCUCACUCCAGGACCUGAUCAGUCACCUUCUUAUCUUUGCCUCUUUCUAAAUACUGUUAUUUUUCAGUACUGGAUUCUUUGUUUGACCUGGGGCUUUUUAAAGCUGGCUCUGGCUUCCAAAUGGAAACCCAUGAUUAUGAAUCUGCAGGAUUUCUUCUGUGAGCUCAAUUUGUUUGAAAGAAUAUUUCAUGGAGAGCUAUUGUACUCUCUUAGGGAUUAAUUGGUGGGGGGUAGGGUGUAUCUAUUUAGAUUUACUCCUGUUAUGUCAGGGUAAAUAAUACCAAAAUUCUUCCCAUUAGCUUUCAGAGCAUCAAGCGGGUUUGAGACAUGUGACUUGCCUUACAGUUGAUGUGGAACUGGAUGUCUCCAGCCUUGUGCAACUGAAAUGACAUCUUUGCAUGGCUGACUGCUUCCAGAUCUGUGUAAUGCUGUAGGAUUACUGGCUCCAGUAAGACACUGGGCUCUUUCUCACUGGAAUUUCUUUUCCACAACCAGACAUCCCUUUCUAGUUUUAAUGUGCAAAGUGAAGUGUGAAAGCUGUUUGCAGGAAAGCUGGCUACUCACCUGUGCUUUUCCCUCAAGUGGCAGUUCUGGUCUGUGCCAAGAUAGUUAUUAAAGGAAAGUGGUAAAAUUGUCCCAUGACAAUCUGGAGACUGAAACUAGUGGUAAUUUUUUUUUUCCUUAUGAUUUGUUCUGUCAAUAUUGUAGUGUCAUUAAUCCAUCCUUAAGAUUUCUUUUUCACAGUGUCAGUGAAGUUCUUUUCCUGUCACACUUCCCUCAUCAGCACUUUAUUGCUUCAGCCUUGGUCUGUGUUCCAGGCACUUUAAUUUAUAGCUUAAGGGUGAAACAAGCUGCAAGUCUUUAGUCUGGUAACAACAAACCUGGGGAACAAGCCUUCUGGACUGCCCUGUCCCUGAACUUCAGUAGGCUGAGUAGGUGGGGUUGCAUUUUAAUAAAGCAAUAAUUAACUAUUGUAGCAAAGGUGCAUUGUCAUAUCAGGAAAUUCCUUUCAUUUGCCUUAGGCCAAACACCUUGGCCUGUGAUCCAUGAUGAACUGUGGAUAUCUGCACAUUCUCCUAGUUAGUAAAUCUGGGCUUCUUUUUUUCUUCAAAGAGAAGAUGAAACUAAGUAAAGCUACAGCAGGAUUUGGCUGUGCUUGUGGCUGUUCCUUAAGAACUAUUUUAGGGCAUCAGUUAGCAAGGAUAUUCUUAGCUGAUGGAUAUCUUGUCUCUGUGUUGUUAUGCUCUUAUUCCUACUGCAUCACUAAAGUAUGUCAUAAAAGACAUUUCAGUUUUUUUGCUUAAGUAGUGUUCAUGUAAUAUUCAUUGGGUAUGACUUAAAUAUCUUCUCGCUUCAGCAGAAGUGGAGUGUAAACAACACAUGUACACAUCAAAUAGAUACAGUAUAAAUUUAGGUGUCUAAGUCUCCCAAAAUGAGGUGAGCAACUGGGCAGUUCUCAAAUCAGCAGGAGCUGCAGCUUUGCCUAAUCAAGUAGAGAUUUUUCUUUAAACUUGGAGAGCCUUUCUGAGGAGUACUCCUUCCUGCCCCAUAACCCAAGCCCUUCAUACUUGAGAACUGCCAGUGCUGUGGACUUUCUGAAACUCUCAACUACAGAAGUACUGUGGGUCUCUGUCUUGCUCCCUUGCCCUGUUUUUGCACUUGAAUCUCAAACUGUUCAAAUCACUUGUGACUUGACUGAGUCUGGCUUAUUUGGGGGAGGACACCUUUUCUUAUGGCUUUUUUGUGCAAGGUUUCUGGAGCAUGAGGUACAGCUUAUUAAGCCUGUAGGUGGAAGCAGUGUAAAAAAAAAAUAUAUUCCCUCCAUCUCAACAAAUUUGAUGCUUCUUUCAAAGCAAGACUUGCAGUCAGACUUGCAGCAGUCACUUAGAGGUCUUGGGGAACUAGGAGAGGACAAAAUUAAGCUGCAGUUCACGUUAUCUAAAGACCUUUAAAUUUAUUAAAUCUUGCUACUGACAAUGAUGGAUAAUUGAUACCGAAUAACACAUGGGACUUUGUCCAGUCCUAAUCUGAAAUACUCUUAUCUCCUAAAAUAAGGUAAUACUUGUUAUGUGGGCAGGUGGUCUUUAUUUGCCCAGUGAACCCAGCCUUAAAUGCAGUCUGAAUUUUUCAGUCUUAGAGGUGAAUUCUUUCAUCUCUUACCAAACACAUGAGGCUGCUGAAGUGUGCACUUGUAGAUCAUUGCAGUGUGGUCUGAUAGAGGAGUUCAAGGUUACAACAUGGUGAGUCUGACAUGUGGUCUGCUCAGUUUCAAACUGGAAUUAGAAAAAUCAUUAGGAGAGCUCUUCCAUGGGUAGUCUCAUGUAAACACACCUUCCCCAUCACUGAAUGUGAGUAGCACUUGAACAUGAACCUUGAGGACUUUCUCAACCAGACAGCAAGUUGCAAAACUAUUACUCUUUGAUGGUUAGGCUGGUCCAACCAUCACUGUUGCCAUUUUUCUGGAGAAACCUGAAGAUGGUAAAUAAGCAACUCAGACUUGCUCUGACUGAACACAAGGAACUUCAGCUUCCACUACAAGAGCUCAGCCAGCAUUUUUAAUUGUCCCUUUGUUCUAAAUCAAGGUGUUUUCAGGUGGGUCUGGCAGUGUUGUAAUUGCACUGUAAAGGCAAACGCUUGAAUUUCCCUGCAAUCCUUUUCUUGAGUGUUUUUCUGCAGUUCCUGUUUAUGAAUAUAUGGGUUACAAAGACAGGGCAUUAAGUAAAAUGUUGGGAACUUUUAGCUCCAGUACUGAAUUUAGCCAAGCUACCUGUGUGUCAUCUGUCCUGGGUCUGUCACAAGUUCCUAGACCACAGCCCUUUGACACGUGGUGCCUUGCCCUUUUCCUCCUCCUCCCUUGACAUCAGCAUAUCUAGAGACUUCAGUAACAGCUCUGUCAGAGCUUUUGGGGCUUUGCUUCUUGGUAAAUGAAAUUUCAGGCACUGAGACGCACCAGUGAUGCACAGUGUACAACUGAGUGCUGACUUAAAGGACAUUUGUGGGCAGCCUAUAACUGGCUACAGUCAAUUUCAAGGCUUAAAGCAAUGUAUAUAAGCAGUGGAUCACUUUCAGCUCUCUGCUCUUCUAGCAGUAGGAACUGAGUCAUAGAAGCAGGGUUUGCUUAAUGUGUGACUUGUUUUCCUGCAAUCCCAAAGUUCUUGUGUCUAUUAACACUCCAGCAGCAUAGCUGGAGGUAGAUUGCUCUAGU